AUGUAUUUAAAAUUUCUAUUGAUUACAUUUAUUGUUCAUUCAUCAUGUUUAAAUCUUCUUGAUAUAUGUCAAUCAGGUAUACGUGAUGAUGGUAUUAAUUAUGUACAUUGUGCAAGAAAAUCUUUAACUGAAAUUCCACGUUUUUCAUCAAAUCGUUUAUUUAAUUUAGCAUUUGAUGAACUUAUUUUAUCCGAUAAUUUAAUAACACAUAUACAUGCAAAUGUAUUUAAUGGUUUACGUAUAAAACGUCUUAUUAUGUCAGGUAAUCAUAUAAAAUCUAUAGAUGAAAGUGCAUUUCGUGAAUUAGAAAAUUAUCUUGAAGAAAUAAUAUUAGAAUUUGAUUCAACUAUUGUUGAUAAAAUACCACAAGCAAUACAAACAAAUUUAAUUAAUAUCAAAAGUUUAACAUUAAUUGGUUUAAAUUUACGUAUAUUAUCAUCAAAUAUAUUUAGUCAAAUGAAAAAAUUAGAGAGUUUAACAUUAAAAUCAUGUAAUAUACAAUUUAUUGAAAUAAAUGCAUUUAAUUCAAUCGAAAAACAUUUACGUUAUUUAUAUCUUGAUUAUAAUAAAUUAAAUGAAAAAAUUUUUAUUGAAAUAAGUCAUUUAACUUUACUUGAAAAAUUAUCAUUAUCACAUAAUUAUAUACAAGAAUUUGAUAUUAAAUUAUUAAAUCGUAAUUUACAAUAUUUAGAUUUAUCAUAUAAUUAUUUAAAAAAAUUAUUAUUAAUUAAUAUGAAUAAUUUACAAAUAUUAAAUUUACAAAAUAAUUUAUUAACAUCAGAAAAUAUUUAUGGUUCAAUACCAAAACAAUUAAAAGAAUUAACACUUGAUUUUAAUUCUAUUAAUAUUAUAAAUAAAAAUUUUAUUACAGAAAAUAAUUCAUUAGAAAUUUUAUCUUUACAAAGUAAUGAAUUUUUAUUAACAAAGUCGAAUGUAUUUCAACAUUUGAAUAAACUUUAA